AUGCUAAUGUGUGUUAGACCGUACUCUGCCAAGUCAAUUGCUGCACUCCGGAACACGAUCCCCAUUACAUAUCCAUCAAGUGUACAGGGAGACAAGCUGUGGGAUAUUCUUAACACUCAUCUCAAGAAUGGCACGUGUGAGAAGACGUUUGGUACAACCGAGCCGACUGUCGUAUCUCAGAUGGUGAAGCAUCAACAGACAAUUUACGUCUCUGGAGCUCUGUGUGGCCUGUCUGAAGUUCAGCAUCCCGGUUGCGACCAUGCCGAUUACCCGUGGGACACGGUUCCCAAGGUCGUUGAGAAGAUCUUCAAGUCUCAGCUAUGGCAUGACCAACGUCAAAAACAGUUCAGGAUGCAUCACACCAAAGCCGAGAGAGAAAAGCUGGAGAUCUAUGACUUCAUGGCACCCAUCAUUGCAGAUGCUGAUAUGGGGUUCGGUGGCCUGACUACGACUGUGAAGUUAGCCAAGCUAUUCGUCGAAGCUGGUGUGGCUAUGAUUCAUCUAGAUGACUUGGCCAUUGGACUGAAGAAGUUCACAAUUGGAGAGGGCCGAACCGUAGUCCCAACAAGUGAAUACCUGUCAAGACUGACUGCGGUGCGGAUGCAAUUUGACAUCAUGGGGACCAACACUCUUCUCAUGUGUCGAUGCGACACAGAUCGCUCGCAGUUCAUCACAAGCACUAUAGAUCCUCGAGACCAUGAAUACAUCAUCGGCGCUACAAAGGAUGUGGAGCCUUUGGUUGAAGCGAUCCAGGCUGGCCUAGCUGCUGGUAAGAGCUAUGUCGCUGCUAGGGAUGAAUGGAAGGCCAAGAGUGGCUUGAUGACCUUUGACGAAGCUGUCAAGGCGAAAGCAAGUGACCAACAGUACCAAGAGUAUGUUUCACAAGCAACAAAAUAUGGAACUCCACUCAAGGAGAAGCGCCGUAUUGCGAAGAGCAUUUUGGGCGAGGAUGUUCAAUUCGAUUGGGAGCUAUCUCGGUCUAAGGAAGGUCAAUAUAUGUGGAAGCCAAGCGUCAAGACCAUUGUCGAGCGAGCUAUCCUGGCUGCGCCUCUAGGUGAUAUGACCUGGGCAAGGAUGGAUGCGCCGGUAUGGAAAGAUAUUGUUGAAUUUCACACUGAAGUUCGCAAGGUAUAUCCAGAUCGACUAUUCGCAUUCGGAUUCACCGGCAUGUAUAACUAUGAAGCCGCUGGGUUCAGUCAGGAUCAGAUCCGAUCUUUCAGUGAUGACAUGGCCAAGCUAGGUAUUGUGUGGCAAGUGCAACCAAUCUGGGCUGUAGGUGGCCUCAACAUUACAGCAGAAAAGUUUGCAAAGGAAUGGCAGAGAGACGGCAUUGCUGGAUAUAUCGAAACAAUCUCUAAGCCUUCGAAGGUUCCGCCUAUCGUUGACGGAUUUCAUAAGGCUAGCUAUGCUGGUUCAUACCUCGCUGAUGCUUUCUUUGCUACCGUUGCUGGGGAGGAAAUUACACCAUAG